AUGAGCAUCUUCAACUGGCUGCUCAUUGACGAAGCUCGCAAAUCCCCAGCCAAAGAAGAAAUAUAUUCCACUGGUUAUUCUCAUGAGGUCUGGUCCACUACGAGUCGGCACUCCCGUGGGAGCCAUCGUAGAGUCGUAUCUGUGGCUGUUACUGCUUCUACUGCUGUCAGCCAAAUGAAGAGCAAUGGUGUCAAGGAUAUAAAGGUUUGGAGAAGUACGAAUGCUGACCAAUCUUCCAUCACCAAACACCGAUCAACCUACACCCGCCCAAUUGGCCCAGACCUGGUAUCCAUCAAGCAAUCAUUCUGUACCGACCUGCCUCCCCAGUUGGCAACUGUUCAUGACACAACUAUCGCCUACCUCGCUACACAUGCUCCGUUAGACAAGUCAGGCAAGGUUCAGCGAAAGGAAGAGAUUGAAGAGAGGUGGCGCGAUGAAAGUAUCAGCUGCUUUAUCAUGGAGAGAUUUGCAGAGCUGCAUGGGUAUUAA